UGCAGUAAGCACUUCUAACUGUUUUCUUUAACCCAAAAUCACUCUCUAGAAAGCGCUUUCACUUCCCAAACGACCCUAAUGAGUGAUGACUGAGAGAGAGCCAUGGCGGCCUCCGUCUCUCACCUCCCCGCCUUCCUCUCCCUCUUCUCUCACAAGCUCUUCUUCUCCCACCCGCAGCAGCAAUCCACUCUCGGAUUCACCGCCCUACAACGCUGUCCACCGCCGCCGCGCUGCACCCUUCGCGCUUCUUCCGUCAAGAAGAAAACUAGGAAGGUAAAGAGCAAUGCGGAGCUCUGCAAUGAUCUCCGGCAGUUCCUCACUGCGGUCGGACUUUCGGAAUGUCACGUUCCAUCCUUGAAGGAGCUCUCGCAGCACGGAAGGAAUGAUCUUGCAAACAUUGUCAGACGAAGAGGAUAUAAACUUAUAAGAGAGCUUCUUGUGGACUCAAGCAAUACAGAUACCAAUGGUAAUGCCGAUACCGGAUUUGCUGGAAUUCAGGAUGCAAUCGAUGAUCGUAAAGAGAUAGUAACAGGUCAGGAUCAACAGGUGAAUAAUGUGAUUGAGGAUUUCUCUUUGUCAACUGAAGUUUCAGUCUUGGAAAGUAAUUCUGGUAGUCCUUCAGAAAUUCUCACCCCUUCAUCCUUGGGCGAACUUGAUGACCUAUCCUUGUCAACCACUGGUCGUGUCAAAGAAACCAUUUCUUCUAGUUCAAAUGUUGGUUUGGAUCUAAACUCUGAUGGACGUCCUCGCAUGCCUGUAGAAUCUGUGGAUGGUUUGUCAUUGGAUGAAAAGGUCUUAGAUAUAUGUCAGGAUGGGAAGGUUGACAAUAUGGCUAAUGAAGAUUGCUCUUCAACCAUAGUUUCUGUUUUGGAAGACCAUUCUAGUUCAGAUCUUGAUCCAAGUCACAACUCUGAUCAUCAUAGUUAUCCGCCUUUAGAAUCUCCACCCAAUUUAUCCUUGAAGGAAAAAGUGGCAAACUUUAUGCAGAAUGGAGACUUGGAUGCAGUUGAAGAUAAUGUCUAUGGCAUAUUAACUGAGAAUAAUGAUGAAGAAAUCAAGGAAAAAUGUAGAUUUGGAAACACUGAGGAGGUUCAAAUAAGAAUUCCUAAAAAUGUGCUAGACAGAAGUGAUGCAAUUAUGGCAUUGAAUCGAAGGACAUCAACAUCAACUACGGCAGUUGAUCCCUCUCUUAGCAGGGAGGAUAGUUCAUCAACUGAGGGGCUGAGUUCUCUAUAUGACAAGGAUUUGGAUGAUAAGACAAGUGAAAGUGAGGAUCAACUUGAACUUAAUCAUCUCAAGUUCAUGCUGCAUCAGAAGGAGAUGGAAUUGUCACAGUUGAAAGAACAGAUUCAGAAGGAAGAGCUUUUUUUGUCAAACUUGCAAACCAAAUCUGAAAUGGCAAUGAGCAAAGCACAAAAGCUUGUCUCUGAAAAAGAUGCAGAGUUACUUGCUGAUGAAGAAAGCCUUUCAGGAUUAGUGGAGGUUGAGAUUCAGUACCAGGGAGAUGGCAAGAUUGUGGAGGUGACUGGUAGCUUCAAUGGUUGGUAUCAUCAGAUUGAAAUGGAUCCACAGCCAUCAUCUAGUGUCAUAGAGAGGGAACCUAGACUAUGGUCAACAAUGCUGUGGCUUUAUCCAGGGACGUAUGAGAUAAAAUUCAUUGUUGAUGGCCAAUGGAUGAUUGAUCCUCAAAGAGAGUCGGUAACCAGGGGUACCAUAUGUAACAACAUUCUUCACGUCAACAGAUGAAUUGGCUCUGCAGGGAAGUCCACUAUCUGCCUUCAUCGCGACAAGGAGCCAGAUCAUCUACUACAAUUGAAGUUGAAGCAGUCUAAGCCUAUGCCAUCUGAACAAGAAAGUGAAUUGAAGACCACGCGCGCAGAAGGAGAUACGGGGCGGGCAAAGUCGAGAAGCGAAAUGGUCUUAUGCCUCGCAAUGUAUAUAUAUCCGCCAGUCGCCAUGGCUUUUAAGUUCGUAAUGAUUUUUGUUUUCCUGGUAGGUUUGUCUUAAUGAUAAUUCUCUUCAAGGAAGGGAUUCUCUGUUCUUAAGGAUAUAGUCAGCAUUUACGGUAGCAAUGCUCUUGUUAGAAAAAUAUAUGAGUUUUGGAGUAUCAAGAUAUUAAUAACGAAAUAAUGCUGCACUAGUUAGAUGCAAAGUUUCAA